GGAUGAAAAGCUACGACAUCCCUGGGCUGGCAAUGGAGCCGAGGGUGUAAUACAGUUUAAGUCACUGAUACCUUUAUGAUGAGCAUGAGCGGCCAUCAUCGACUUAAACGAGACAUGCUUGUGGCAAAGCUAAUGGAGCAUAUUGAAGCUGCUUUAAAGAAUAUACCUCUCAAGGAGGACGUCUCUGGUACAGACACGCUUGAGAAUUGGGGAAAGAAUAUUAUCAAGAAGCUUGCUCUUGCUCGUAAGCUUGAAGUCGAUUCCAGCUCUCUCAAAGAUUGGUCUGCCCAAGUGAAGAGAAUUCUCUCCCGACGUGGCACAACCGCAUUGGCACCCUUGGAUUUCUGAUUUUCUGCCUGACCUGGCUGCCGAUCUGGCUAGGAGAGAAGCCGACGAGAAAGCCCGUUAUGAAGAGGUAUAUACAAGACUGUUGGAUGGUGAUGACAUAUGAUGGAGCUCCUGGAAGAUGCAGAGGAACAUUCCAAUUCUCUUCGGAAAGAGUCAGACCACUCAAUAGAAAGUCCUAUUUCUCGGGGCCCAAACGCUGUCGACGAUUCGGAGCUCCAUUACGAUGACGAGCCAGCAUUCAAGCAAUUGGACGGCGCCUCUGUUCAGGACCGUCGAAAUGUGGAACACAGGGAAGAUGUAGAUGACAAUCCUCAAGCUUUUGUUAGUCUGAAGCGGAAGGUAAAAGAUGAGGAUAUCUCACUGUCGACGCCUUCAUUCCUAGAAUUCAGGCGUCCGCCGGAAUGUUUUGUCAUGAGAAAAGAUGCGUGCGACCGUUGUGUAAAGGGCUUCAAGACGGCUCAAUACUUGUGUUGGUCGGGUCCGAUUUCGAACCCACGAUGUUAUAAAUCCCGAAGGGACGCUAAAACCUGCGUCUUCUCCGGAGCCAAGCAAGAUCCCAAAGACACUAAACUAAAGUUGUCAUUGACGCGCCCAAAGGCUGGGACAGAAAAGAUGUCAAAAGGUGCUACAAGGGACGAUCCUCCUGAUUCAGUUAGGGCUCUUCCUCACAGAGCAGAGGAAAACUUGAAGCGGUCUCCUGGACAGGGACGAGUAAACGUUGCAACCGCUGGCGCUUCCGGAAAGGUUUCCAAGAUGUCGGUUUCUGUCGUGAUUGACUCAAGGAAGAAGGCAAAAUUCGUCGCUAUGGCGAAGGAUGAAAAUAGGAAACCACCACUACUUCAGCAGACUCCCACGCAAAAUAUGAACAUCGACACCGUCAACACAAAAGGAUCAUUUGUCAGUCUGGAGAAUAUCGAGAAAAUGAUUCAACGUGAGGAGGAACAAAGGAUUGUUUCGGAGGGAAGAAUUGCUCUGCUCCGAGAACUCAAAGAUGGACUCCCUUCUGGUCAAGCGAAAGCCAGACAAGAACGAGGGUCCGACGACGUAAUUGACUUGACAAUUGAUGACGACUUGGAUAUGCAUGAUGAUCACUGACUCGGAUAAUUGUUUCAGUACUGUAUCAGAUGAUAUUUUCUUGAAGAUGAGAUGGUUACACUUACUAGUCUUACUGGGUCGAAACAUCAAGAACGGCGCAAUGAAGGCGAUAUUGAAAU